AUGCCAUCGACGGUUGAAGAGAAGGAGCCCAAGGAGAUGGACGAGCCCUACGUCCCGGAUACGCCAGAGACGGGCAGUUUGCCGGCCACGAACACUGAGCCAAUUGACCCCAAGGCGGAGCGCAAGCUGCUGCUGAAGCUUGAUCUUGGCAUCUGGCCUGUCUUCUUUGUGAUCUACAUGAUGUCCUUCUUGGACCGCAUUAACAUCAGCAAUGCUCGCAUCCAGGGCAUGGCCGCUGAGCUCGACAUGCUUGAGGGCACCCGCUUCAAUAUCGCCCUCUUUGUAAGUUUCGCGAGAAAAGAAGCAAAACUGAGUGCGACCAAAGUCACGGCUAACUUUGAUGCGCAGGUAUACUACAUUUCAUACAUCCUCUUUGAAAUCCCCUCCAACAUGGUCAUCAGCAAGUUCCGCCCUUCCCUGUACCUGACGAGCCUCAUGUUCUGCUGGGGCAUCAUCAACAUGUGCAUGGGCUUUGUUCACUCAUAUGGCGCCCUCGUUGGCCUCCGAUUCCUCCUAGGUAUUUUCGAGGCCGGCGUACUCCCUGGCAUCAUCUACGUCACGUCGCUUUACUACAAGCGCCACGAGUACCAAAAGCGCGUGUCCUUCUUCUUCUGCAGCACGGUUGUGGCUGGCGCCUUUGGUGGCCUUCUGGCGUACGCCAUUGCUGGCAUGGCUGGGACCCAUGGUUUAGCCGCGUGGCGCUGGAUCUUCAUCAUCGAGGGCGCCCUUACCUCUGGCCUGGCCAUCCCCUUCAGCUUCCUGGUCAUUGACUGGCCUGAGCAAACCAAGUACCUCAAUGCCGAGGAGAAGGCCCUGCUACGCCAGCGCAUGGCACUCGACGUCGCCGACGUCUGCCGCAUGGAUACCCUUAAUAAGCCAUCGGCCAAGCGCGCCCUUGGCGACUACAAGAUCUGGCUCGCGGGCCUCCUCUACAUGGGGGUCAGCGUGGCUGGUCUGUCUGGCACCUUCUUCCUGCCCACCAUCCUCAACGAGUUCGGCUGGAAGGCCCAGCAAGCCCAGGUCCGGACCAUCCCUAUCUACGUCUUCGCCGCCGGGAUGAUGAUCAUCGGCGCAUGGGCCUCUGACCGGCUCAAGCAUCGCUUCGGUUUCAUCAUUGCUGGUGCCCUCAUGACCACCGUCGGCUACUCGAUGCUGCUCAACCAAGUCGGCAAGUCGCGCGAAUACAAGUUCGGAGCCGUCUUCCCCAUCUUCGGAGGUGCCUAUAUGAUCACCCCCAUGUGCCUUGGCUGGCUGCAGAACAACCUGUCCGGCCGCUGGAAACGAGCCUUCGGCGCCUCCAUCCAAGUCAUGGUCGGCAACGUCGCUGGUAUCAUCGGCGCCAACAUCUUCCUCAUCAGCGAGAGCCCCGUACCCGGCCCCAAUGGCCAGGUCUACACCGGCCGUCCCUACGUGACAGGCUACAGCGUCUCACUGGCCUUGAUGUGGUUUGGUACUAUUUCUGCCACGGCCAUGUUCUUCCUCAUGCGCCGCGAGAACAAGAAGAGAGCUGCUGGUGAGUGUGACCAUAUCUUGGAUCUGCCCGAGGAGGAGAGGAACAACCUGGGUGACCACCACCCUAGCUUUCGGUUUACUCCGUAA